CGGCGGCGCGCGCGCGGGCCCGAGGCGGCGGGAAGCGCGGGCCCGGCGCGGCCAUGGCGGACGAGCUGUACCUGGAGAACAUCGACGAGUUCGUCACCGACCAGAACCGCGUCGUGACGUACAAAUGGCUGAGCUACACCCUGGGCGUGCACGUCAACCAGGCUAAACAAAUGCUCUACGAUUAUGUGGAGAGGAAACGGAAGGAGAACUCAGGAGCUCAGCUUCAUGUCACCUACCUAGUGGCAGGAAACCUCCUCCAGAAUGGGCAUGUUUGCCACAAGGUUGCAGUAGUGAGAGAGGAUAAACUUGAAGCAGUGAAGUCGAAGCUGAGCACCCUUGCCAGCGUGCACGUGUACAGCAUUCACAAGGCCCUGCUCAAGGACAGCUCCCCGCUCUACAACACCGACUACGACAUCGUCAAAUCAAACCUGCAGCACUGCAGCAAGUUCAGCGCCAUCCGCUGUGCUGCCGCCGUGCCCCGGCCGCCGCCCGAGGCUCCCCGAGCGCCAGCCCCGGGCGCCCAGGGCCAGCGGGAGCCCGGGGCCACCGGCACGGCCAAUGGGCACGGGCCCGCGGCCGGCAGGGCGGCCCCGCAGCACCGCGGCAUCGCCGGCAUGUUCACCGCCAGAGCCGCGCCCCGGGGCCAGGACACGCCCAGGGACAGCAAGGCAGAGCCCAGGGAGGCCCCGGGGGUGUCUGCAGCAAGCAGCAAGCCACCAACAAAGAACAGCAUCAUGAACAACUUCUUUGGAAAAGCUGCUAUGAAUAAACUCAAAGCCAGCUCUGUGCCUGAGCAGCCAAAGGAGGAGAAAGAAGUAGUGAAGCCCUCAGUUGCUGUAGCAGAACCAGAGUCAUCUCCUAACAGUGUGGCAGAGAAACCUGGGAAGAAAGCAGAGUCUGCUGGAAUUCAGCAAAAGGACAAGAAGAGUAAAACGAAGAGAGCAGACAGGUCAGAUGAGGAGGAGGAAAGAGAUCCCGAAAACGUCAAGAAAAAGAGGAAGCGAAUCAAACAGCUUCAGUCUGACAGCAGUGAUGAUGAAGAUGUCCCACCAUCUCCCACACCUGAGGAGGAGAGAGCUCCAUCUCCAGCACCUGCAGCUGCCCCAAAAGCUGAGCUGGAGCCUGCAUGCACGGAGGUGCCUGCAGGCAGGAGGAGGAAGAGGAAGCGUGUGCUGAAAUCCAAGAUGUUUAUUGAUGAAGAGGAAGGCUGCAUGGUGACUGAGAAGGUUUACGAGAGCGAAUCCUGCACGGACAGCGAGGAUGAGUUCUGCAAGCCCAAGGCACCAGCUCCACACAAACAGCCCCUGCUGCCCCCCAGGAGGGAACCAAAGGAAGAAAGGAAGAACCUGAAGAGAGGGGCAGCUCCUGCCAACAGAGCCAACAAACAGGUCUCCAUCAUGGGCUUUUUCCAGAAGAAAUGAACUGGGUCUAUCUCCCAGCCCUCUUGGCAGCUUGGGGGUGUUGCUUCCUUUUUUUGUGUGGCUCUCAGCAAGCUGCUUGUGGAGGCCAACAUGCACCCCCUGGUUAUGCAAGGUGUCCUGCUUACUGUGUAAGGAAGCACUCUGGACUGGAUUUUGUAUCAGAGAAAAGUUUUUAUUUGUUACUGCAAUAAUUUCAGUCAUCUUAAUUAAGCGAUGUGGGAGCUGCCAGCUAGAAGCAACAUCUAGAGGAACUCCUGAAAGGCUGUUAAGUCUGGUCACAUGAAACUGUAUUUUUUUAAUCACCCCUUGGUGCUAAGUUAGGAGCUGUGGUGUUUUCCUCCCCUCUUUGUGCACCUUCAGCUCUCCAGAUUGAUCCAGAUGUUCACGUUGGGUAGAAGCCUACGUAACGUAGCAGGUCUUCAGGCACAAAUAUUGAACAUCUGCUUCAGCUUUAACUGAAUGAAAUGUGCUUCAUUUUCCCCCUAAGACUGGUAAAUAGUUUUUGCUCUGCCUUUCAUAAUCUUUUUUUGGACAAAGCAGUGCAUAUAAAAUUGUCUUAGUCUUUUCUUCCUUGAA